CCGAAUGUUUGGGACGCCGUUGUACCCAUCCCAGUAUCCCCGAGGUCUGACCCGCCCCCUAAAAACACCUAAGAAGAAGAUUAACUUGCCCCUUAAUACACUCAAGAAGACGAGGAAGAACAGCAUCCCCAUGGUGACUGCCGUCACCCACCUCCCCCCUGAAUGUGGUCCAAGGAAGCACCCCCCUGGCCAUGGCACCCCACACUGGCACCCUUCCCUUGCAGUUCCCAGAACCAACACUACAAGACCUACUGGGCAGUGACUCCAUCAGCCCCAGCACUGCCUUCACUACUCAAGCAACACAAGCCCCGCCACCCCGGUAGAAUUUUGGCUCAAUUCCAGAGUCACAUAUCUGCAAACUGCACCUUUGGGGCUGUAAGGACUGUUGUUCCAUGGGUUAUUCAGCCCCCUAACACCAACAGAGGUGGGCAGCAAAUUGGCCAGCCAUGGAGGAGUCGGAAGUCCCAGGGCUGGAGACUCUCUGCCCCAGCCACCACUACCUCCCACCCGAGCCAGCAUGCAAGAGGCAGAAGGACAACUUUGGUCAUCAAAAAUUAAUUAAACCAAAGAAGAGUGUCUUUGAGUGCCCCAUCUGUAAGGUGCAGAUGUCAACAAGACAAGCCCUCUGGAAGCACAAGAAGAGGAAGCAUCCAGAAGCAAAUAAUGAUGAAAGCAAGAAUAAAAAUUCCCUUCAUUGUAUGGACUGUGACUUCAGAUGCCCUAAAGUAGUUGACCUAAUAAAACACUAUGAAAGCCAUCAUGACCAAAAGCUUUCUCUUCGGACGCAAGACUUUGUGACAGAAGGAGAAUUCUUAAUCUGGAAGGAAGAGGAAGAGAAACGGACAAAGGCCUCCUUUGUACAGCACUGUGGACCUCGUCAGAGAGAGAAUGCUGUUGUGCAAUACUUUUACUGCAACAGGUCAGGAUUUUUUGUAACAAAAGGGGAAGGAAAAAGAAACCUGAAGAGGCAAGGUUCUUCCAAGAUUGGUGCCACAUGUCCAGCAUUUAUUAAAUUUACCUUGGACCGGGGCACCAGCCGGGGAACAGCAGAAUACUGUCUUGACCACACCCAUCCAUGCGACUAUGCUCAUCUCAGACUGUCUGAGGGGGUACAGAGACGUGUUGCAACCCACCUUGCCAAAGGAGUCAAGAUUGAGGCAAUACUGGAUGACGUGCGCUGCAGUGCUCAGGCAUCAGACCGAGAUGCUUACAUUGUUCGGAAAGAUGUUCACAACAUUAAACAUCGAAUUGGUAACUUUAGUGUUGAUGUAAAAGAAAGACAGACAGAAAAUGUGACCUGUUUAAGUAUGCUAGUUCAUGAAAUGAGCUCUCAAAAGUUUAGUCCAAUAUUGUAUUACAAAGGACAAGGUGUUGAGUCGGACAGACACGAUGUAAAUGACAUACUUAUUGGGAUUCAAACAGAAUUCCAAAAGGACAUGUUUCUAAAAUAUGGAAAAAAUUGUGUUUGUAUUGAUAGUUUACACGAGACAAGCCAGUAUGAUUAUUUUCUUAUUAUAGUGAUGGUCAUAGAUGGAAUGGGAGAAAUUUUACCAGUUGCCUGGCUUAUUUCUAACAAAGAGGAUUCAUGUGCAUUAACAACCUUUUUUCAAGCAUUGAAGGAAAGAAUUGGCAACUUUGAGACAGAUAUUCUCAUGAGUGACUCUGCCAGUGCUUUCUAUAAUGCCUGGAUUUCUGUCUUCCCAACUCCAAAAAGGAGAUCGCAUUGUAGUUGGCAAAUUGACAAGUGCGGGCGGAAAAACUUGCAGACGCAUAUACCAGAGAGUAAGUUUGGUGAGAAGGAGCAUCCAUACCUCAAGACAUUUAACUAUGGACUGAAUGAACAAAAGUUUCAAAAAAUGAUUCAAGAGUUUGAAUCAUGGCUGUCAAAUAUUAAAACACUCCUCACGUUACUGCAUGGGAACAUAUGUUGAAAUUUUUUGUGUAAAUAUACCAAAUUACUCCCCCAAAAAACUAUGAAAAUACACUAUGUGCCAAAGUAACAUUAGACAAAAUCAUAAAACCUUUUAACUUGUGGGAAAAGUAAGUAUGGGAUACUCACCAUGUCUUAUUCACCAUCUCGGGUUCAGAUAGUGCUAGCAUGAGAGGUAGACCGGGAAUGGAGCCGUUUCAGGACUUGAAAAGACAAUCGUUGUCAUUGACAUGAUCAUCAACACCUGAAGGUGAAUAGCUAUUAUAUGGGAGCUAUUAAUGCAGGCAUAGGUUGUGCUAACACCUGGUAAAAUAAUCUUAAAUUACAUAACCAGCAAUUCAAGAAACUUCAAUGUAAUUUUUAUUAUGAGUGACAGAUACAGGUCUCACUCCCUGUUGGCCCUGGUGUUAAUUUCUGGGUUGCCACUUUCUUACUCUGGAUGUCCAUCAGACAUCAGUGCAUGUUCAGGCCUGCCCAAAUUCAUUUCCUAUUUUUAAUCAUCAUUAGCAUUUUUUCAACCUUUGUGUGUUUUGUAAUCUAUUAUGUUGGUUUCCUGUUUCUCCAUGUUAUACCUAACAUUUUUCACUCCAUUCCUUCCUGUGUGCCUCUUCUCUUUUCUUUAGGCCUUUAUAUGAGAUGCCAACUUUCUGAACUGUAUGUCAGGGCCAGACUAGAAAUGGCCACUGCAAUGUAGCGUGACAAACUCCUUCCACUAAUGACAAUCACUUCUCUCAUGACAAAUCAUUUUUAGUCGAGCAGCAUUCAUUCCAAAAUCCCAGUCCACGAAUGCUGAGGUAGGAGAAAUGCUGUACUUAAAAUGCACACAUGCAUAAAAUGUACCUGCUUGUAAUCAAUACUUAAUUUUUUAAAAAAUUGGGCCAUGGUACAAAUUUUUCACUACAUUCAUGCAUUCCAUUUGUCGAUCAUGGUAUACUUUUAUACUUAUGGUCAUCUAUAUUAGUUUAUCAUUGCUCUCAUAUCAUUGUUUAUUUUGUAUAAUGGUGUACAACAGUAAGAGAACACUGCAGUAAAGAGGGAAAUUGCAUAUUAAAAGGCUCAGUUAGGAGCUUUUCUUGCUUUUCCACUCAUACAUUGAUCCCAUAGUAUUACUGACCACUAGAAGCUUUGUUGACCUGAGUAAUAGCCUUAUAUAGUAACAUACAGCCCUAAGUUUUAUUUGCUCUUUGGCUCAUUGUUUUAAUGUCUCCUUUCUUCCUGCUUCUUCCUUACAUCUGCCAUUACUGAGCCGUCUGUGGCACUGAUCCACAACACUGUGCAUGUUGAGUCAUGCCUUUGCCACUACAUCCACUGCUGUUAUGCUAAAUUUGAGGCACUGUGUUGUGAACCAAAGGUCUUUCAAAUUGAGAAUAAUUUACUCUAGGUUUUUAUCAGUAUAAGAGUGAUUUUCAAACUACACUUGCCAUUUUAAGUUUAACACCAGUUACUGAAUGAAAUGUUCCUCUUUAUCUUUGAGUGUUCCCUGGUUAUUAUAUUAUACUUCAUUUAUAUCAUAAAUUGCCCUUGAGGUUGAUUUUUUUUUUAUCUUAAUUGCAUAGACAGAUUAAGGCUCUGAAAAUCUGAUGUGGCAGCACUUACCAGAACAGCUUGAAACUAACUCACAGAAGUGGAGUUUGAAGGUAUCUGUACCACAUGUCCCAAAAGUGGAGAUUCAUUACAUUCUCUAAGUGAUGAAUAGUUUCAAUCUGUGCUGCUGGCAAGAUCCUUUCAUGCAAGUCUUGUGAUCCUGAAGGUAUGAUUGAAACUCCAGGACCGACCACAACUAUAUGUACCUAAUAGGUGCACCUAACAUCAUCAAAUGUGGGGUACAAACUUGGCGGAGGGACUGUUUUUGUGCCGGGAGAGGCGGAAGUGGGCUCAAGAGUAGUCUCUCCGGAUAUUUUGUUUUUAUUUAUUAAUGAUCCUCGAGACAUCCUAGAGUUAAAUCAAAGUAUGUGCUUAUCUUUGUAUUCAUUCAUACACACACAGGUAAUAUUUCUGUGGGGUCUGAUUCACUUAUCUGAGUGAAAUUCUAUUGUGAAAAUCAGUCACAAAUUUGUGUCACUAGUAAAAAUGAAACUAGUAAUGUAUAUGAAAGCUCACAAAGUUACAAUAAGUGACAUCACCUGCUUUGUGCAGUAAAAAUAUGCUAUUUAUGAUAUCUGAUACCCGCAAAAUGGCGUGAGUGCUGCCUCGGGCCUCGGAGCUACAGACUCAACGUUGCCAGAUUGUCGUACUCAGCCGAUUAUAUUUCCUGACUUCCUACCCCUAAACUGUCUUCUGGGCUCCAAUAACGAAACUCAUUUAUAGUUACGUUAAAAGAGUUAGAUCCUGAUGUUUCUUGGCAAUAGUUAGGCGUCAGAAACCAGUAAAUACUAUGCUCUGAGUACGACAAUCUGGCAACGGUGGCUAUACGUAUUUUUAUAUCAUUGUUCUGUUGUUUAUUCAAUGUUGUCUUCAAGAAAAAAAAUACUCAUAAUUUUAGUUAGUUUUUGGUUAUAAGGAUUCUUUACGAAAUACAAUUAUAAAAUUCCCUCCUACAAGUUAGGAAACGUACUGAAUCCUGGAUCCGCUAUGGUGAUGUUAGGUGCGCCUAUUCAGUGGCUGCUUAAAUGCCUGAGGCUGUAUUGGUAAUUGAGCAUUUGAAGGAAGACAUCCUCAAGUCUGGUAUUGUGACUAGUUUUCUUUCUCACAACACUUGACAAAUUAGAAUCUCAUGAGUUGCUUUUUUCUCAGGGAACAGAAUGAAGCCAUGUGGAAUCAUAUGAAGUAAACUAUUACAUUUUCUAAAGAAUCCAUAUGAUAAGUAAAACCUAAAUACAGGUGGGUUAUUACAAUGUAUUCUGGUCUCAUGGCUGUGAUUUUAUAUUUUAUUGCAAUGCAGCAUUUCAGUAACUUGGUAAUUUAAGUGAUGAUGGUCAACACUCAUAAAAGUUGUCUCUUGAUCAUAAGUGUAGAUGUAAAAAUCCAUAGCACAUUUUUUUAUAAAUUUUCCAGUGUUUUUUAGUAGCUUGCAAUAUGUGCUAAAACAAACAGUACAGAUUCAUCUCAGAUUCUGCUGGCAUUAUAAUUAUAUUGUACAUCUGCAGAGUAAGAACCUGGAAUUUAGUGAAAAAAUGGUACGUACUUAGAUGGAACUGAACUAUGAGAGGCAAUUUCAGGUUUUACUUGGCUAAGGUUUGCAUCGAUAUAAUGGCUCUGAAGUACGUAUGAAAAUUCCCAAAGGCCUAAAUCAGGAUCCCUUUGGGUCAACGCUAGAGUGCCUUCCCGUCUCAGGGCCCCAGGUUAGAAUUCCAGGCAGAAUGUUGGGAGAGAUUUAUUCUCCUGACUUUCAUGUGCUUUGAGAAGUGGAGAAAUCUCCACGACAUUUAAUGUGUAGUGGUGGAUCCAUUCCUGGUGCUGUAUAUCUCCAUGAAGGGGCAGCAAAUGUGAUACCCAGCAUCUCUUGAAGGUGGCUAGUCACACUGUCAUAGAAGAGUUACUUAAGGAAAAUUGUGACACAAAGAAAUUUAUCUAAAUGGGAGGAGGGAAGCAGUGCAAUGGCCCUAAAAUGUUGAAAGACUUCAAAAUGCCUAAGCCAUGGGGAUCCCUUGGGCCUGAUGUUAGAGUGUCUGCCUUCCUGUUUCAGGGGCCUGGGUUCAAAUCCUAAGUGGAAUGUUGGAAAAAAGAUUUAUUUACUUGAAUAGAUCAAUUUCUCAUGUUUGCAACAUUGCAAGGAAGAAGGGUGGUAGGGUCUUUGGGACAUAUCAUGAAUGGCAGAAGUGUGAGCAUGGAGGUAAAGAGGGAUUUGAGAAAUACAGUAAUAUUACCAACCCUCACAUAUGCAAGCGAAACAUGGGCCUGGAAUGAAAGUCAGAAGUCUAGAGUGCAGGCAGUGGAAAUGAGUUAUUUGAGGACUGCAUGUGGUGUGAGUAGAAUGGAUGGAAUGAGUUAUGAAAGUGUGUAUGAGCAUUUUGGAAUGUGUCACGUGGGUGGGAAGAAGUAUGGAGUGGUGGAAGUGAAGUGACAGACUUUAAAGUGGCAUGGCCACAUGGAGUGAAUGGAGGAGAGUAAGAUGACCAGGAAGGUGUAUGUGAGUGAGAUAGAGGGAGGAAAUGUUAGAGGACGACCUCCAGUGAAAUGGAGAGAUAGGGUGCAGGAGUAUGUCAGGGAGAGGGGUGAAAGAUCCUUGAGAAACUUUAAGCAGGCAAGGAGGGAGUGUCUGGAUAGAGAGAGAUGGAAACUCUUCUGCCGUGGCCAUCCCCUCGUGGGAGCUCCUAGGAGCAUGCAUCAAAGAUGAAUGAAUGAAUGAAUGAAUGAAUGCAACAUUGAUUCCAGUCACUGAUGGCAUGGUAAAGACUUGUGAACAAAUUUUUCUCUUGCAGCAUGCUGCAUCACAGACUGAAGUAGAGUGGAUUUAAAUAGUUUAUGUACAUACAAAGACGUUUGAACAUCCCCUUAUGAUUUGUUCUCACUUCUUCAGUUGCCGCAGCCUAAGUUUUUGUAGGUUUUAUAUUUUCAAAUGGGUGAAGCUAUGUAUUUUUGUGAACUCUUAACACCAUAUAUAAAAAGACAUAAAAAACAUGUAAAAGUAUUGAGUGAUGGGGACAUGUGGUGAAGGUGUCCUCUGGGCAUUACAAUAGAAAAGUGUAAUUAGACUUACAUGAAUACCAUUCUGAUUAAAUAUAUUUUACAUCUGUUUAUUUUGUGUUUCACUAAUGUGAGCCCAAUAUAUCAUAAGCAAUUUGGGACUUCCUAAAAAGAAAAAUAUAUAUAUAUUCACAGAUUGUAAAUGUAAUAAAAAAGGAAAAUAAUGUCACAUUAUUUUGUUCAGUGUUACAAAGGGAAAUUAUUUUGUCAUUCAGUGAAUGCCUCUAGAUCACUAUGAUAUGUGUCUGACCCCCUUUAUAUCUCUGUUCAUUUAUUGACAAACAAUUUAUAGGACUCUCAUUUGUGAAUGCUCUGCCAGCAUUAUACUGUUAUUAUGCCUGCCAGCAUUAUACUGUUAUUAUGCCAGGAACUCAUUUCUCACUUUGUGCAUAUACAUACACUGUAUCACUCACAACACUGAGCUGGAAUAUCACAAAUCAAAGCAUCGCUAAUGAUACAGCUCUCACUUUAUUUGACAAUACCAAAUGUGAUCAUGAUUCCUUAACCAUUACCAUAAGUGAAUGCAUUUGGCCUAGUCAUUUCAAUUACAGAUAAAGAUGCCUAAUGAAAAUACUAUACUGAUGUAAAUCAUUUAUCUUCCAAACAAAAUGCAGAUUGAAAAUCUAGCAUAAACAUAUCCACUGCACCAUGCAUAUACAUCAUUAUGUUCAACUUGAAAAAAUAAGUAAACUAGAAACUUUAUGAUUUACAUAGCCAAAUAUAUGAGGCACUGGGAGAAGGGGAAUAAGGGAUAAAGUCCAUUUUUUUCUAGUUUGCACUACGAAAGGCAGGCCACACAUCGCAAGAACAAGAAAUAACUGGCAAGGGAAAAGCAACCUUAUUUUUUGUGUACUGGGGGUCGCUUUUCCC